CCAAAUCUCGUGUUCGUACGGGCUCCGUAUGGUGACAGGUUGGCGUCAGCCGCAUGGCGACGCCCCAAAUAUUGCGACAGAGUUGCGGGCGGGAUCUACGAACCGGUGCUCAGGACACGUUGUGCCAAAGUAGCCUCUGCCAGGGGCCCUCGCCCGCCAUGCUGUCCGUUCCCUCCUGGGGGCCCUUGCAGCCUCGCCCUCCCUUGCACCUGGGCGCGGGACCACUGUCGAUUUGCGACUGGGUGCGGGCCGAGUUGGUCCAGUGCUGGCCUCGGUGCGUCGAUAUCUUGUGUAAUGCGUCUACUAUGCUCAAAGUUGAUGGUCGCGUGGGUCCUGUGUAAGGAUAUGAGCCUGUGUAGUUGGACAUGCUCACACAGCAUGUGCGGCUCAUGGCUUUGCCCCCCAAGGCGCCCUGCAGCCAGCUCCUUACAAUGCGUGUCUAUGACAGGCAAACCCUGCAGACAUCCGCUGCUGACACCCCCCUUCGAGUCGACUCGUCAGGCCCGCAGCGGAGCGAGAAAUUUCCGGUAA